ACGUGACAGAAUUAUUUUCCCAGAGCAGAAAUACAUCUCCCAGGUAACCGUGCGGCUGUGAAGCCGCGUCUCCAUGACAGCCGUGCUAUUGUUGUCGUCGUUGGUGCUAGUUAGCAUCGCAAAUUCUCAAAUAAUUUAGACUCUAAGAAAGACAGACAGGUAAAUAUUUGACCACAUUCGACAGCUAUUUGGUGUAGCCAGACUAAACCGACGAUGAGUCAAAUUAUACAAGUGCUGCGGCACCACCUUUCUCUUAUAGUGCGUUUGUGUCACCGUUCAUGCAACGCUAGUUAGCUCAUUUUCAAGUGUAGCCUCCCCCUCCAGCGUUAGCCGCAGCCCCGUCCAAUAUUCCAGAUCCAGGCUUUUACCUGGUGGGUACCUACAGGGCGACUGGAGGAGAUGUUGGAGCUCCCUCUAUGCUGUUUGCAGAGAGUCGAGCGAGAGGAGGCGGGGAUGAGAGACGUGGUCUCGAGCCCUUGAACCGGAGAGAAAAGAGGAUGAUUUCACGGUACAACAGGAGACCAGUAUCGCAUAAACUUGAGAUUCGUGGUUUGUCUCGAAGCAGCCUCGAUCACCACCCUCUCCCUGAAGAAGCAGACGAUAUCGAAACCUCUCCGCAUUACCUCCACGACCUGCAGGAAGCCGUCUCUGCACACAACAGCUCGCAGACAUCUGCUGCCUCGGACCACUCCGACUGCCCAACCGUCAUCUCAGUAUCACCCAGCCAGUCCUGGUCCGGCAUUCACAGCUCCACAGGAACCGGCAUCUCCACAGAAAGGAGCUCCGUUUUCUCUUGGGGCUAUGAUGAGUUUGACAAGGCGGCGUCGCGGCAGGUGCAGCAGAUGUUUGAUGAGAUCGACAAGGAGCUGUACGAAGGGAGAGGCUGUGGCGGGGGGAUACUCCAGGGGCUGCAGGACGAAUGCCAGCAGUGGACCACACGCUUUCCACAUCUUCGGAUCGUGGGGACUCAGCUUUUGUGUCCCACCGACGAGGGCUUCCAGUGGUACGCCACUCCAGGGACAGUCAGUCUUGCCAGCAGCCCGUCAACAGACAGAAAAACUACUGUGAAGAGCCAAGGCAAAGAGAAAGGGGCUGCAGAGUUGAAUGUUCAGGGCAGGAAAGCUGCACUGAUCAAAGAGUGCGAUGGCCCUCCCAACAGCGAGCCUAGCAGCUACGACCAGCCGAGAGUGAUUGAAGUGGAGGGAGUGAUGGAGGAAUAUCUGGCUUUUGAUAGCCGGGACUUGAAUGAGUGUCAUGAGGAAUGUCCGGAGUCUGUUCGGAGGCAUCACUGCCUGCCCCCGGUCUCACCGUACUGCUGCCGCCGGCAGGCUGUUCUCGACCUGCUGUUUGAUGACGUCUGGCGGGAGCUGGUCGGUUGGAUGAAAGAGCUGGUUCAACGUCACUGGGAGUGCUGCACCUCCCAUGAUGAAACACUAUCUGGGAGCCUGAGCCCUGUGCAGCCAGAUGCUCUGAAUCCUUUCAUGCUGCUCUCCUCGCUGCCCGCCGCACUUCCAAAACCGGGUCAGAGCCGAGUGCCACCGCUCACGUCUGGACAGCAGCUCCAGGGGGUGCCAAUCAGUUCGGAGAGGUCUGUGCUUGAGGCAAACACAAAGUCAAGGGGCUCAAAGCACAAGUCCAGAUGGAAAUCCAAAAAGCAGAAAAGGCCUUCAGCUGCUGGCAGGACGCCUGCAGGGGCAGCGGCAACGCAGCACAACCUGAACGACCUCAUCGUGAUUCACAGCAUCCCCCUGCAGCAGAGAAACCUGUCUGUGCUGGAGAGAAGCCAGGAUCCGGAGGAGCGCCCGUCUCACAGGCCAGUCUCGAGCGCCAUCCCUUCCAGCAGACCUCGUCCUCGCAGAGCCCUGGAGCAGAGCUCUUCCUCUUUGUCCCGCCAACUGCAGUCAGCUCGCCGCCGAAACCCUCCUCCCCGAAACUUGCUGCCCCUUGUUCCGAGUUUGAGUCAGGCCGGGACAGGGGGAUACCUGGACGAGGUCAUCCGUGGGACACGACUAACCACAGCCAGCGACCGAUUAACAUCUCCGCUGGUGGCCCUGAGCCGCAACACUCCCCUACCCCCCAUCGGAACCGGAGACGGCGAGUCGUCCCACCCAGGGCUGCUGUCAAAGCUCACACAGCGUCAGAAAGGCCCUUCCAGCCGCGCCCACAGCGCCUUACACGAUGAAGCUCAAAGCUCCGUACCGAGGGAUCGUCACCACAUACUAGACGUCUUCUCUCGUCCCAACACGACACACACGUACAGGUCAGACACUCCGUACCGGAGUUCCUUCACCGUGCUGGACAAUAUCGGGCAGGGUCGGCCAGGAAGAGCCUCUGUAGGCACAGACUCUCUGGGAAUCGGUGUGACCGGUGUCGGUCUCGGCAUCAGCAGCUCGUCUUUCUUGGACUCAUAUCCUCACCACCUGCUGGGGCCGUCGCCCAUCAAAGACGAAGAAGAGCCCGAGCCUCAGAGCCCUGUCGCAGCCGCUCCUGUUCCGUCUCGCUCCUACACCCGCAGCGGCAUCUCAUCCAGAUCCAGCAGGCCUGGCUUGUAGUUUCCCCCCCGGCCUUGAUCUCAACCACCUCCCUGCUAUUCAUCUUUACCAGCAUCAUCUCUGCCCUCUGUCUUGUUUCGAAGUAGUUUGUUUUUGUUGAUUACAUUUUUUUAAGGCCUAUUUUUUAUUUUUUUUUAUUU